CCCUCAGGAGGAGGGCCCAGCGAUGCGCUGUGACCGUGCCGCCUCCGUGUGGCUGCUGACGGGCCCAGGGGGGGAGCAGGCAUGGGGCGCGGCCGCGCCUCCCUCCCACCCCUCCUCGCGGACUGCUGGCUAGGCUAUGAGCAGACGUGAGGGGCCCGCCGCCCGUCCGGCUCUGCAGGACGCUGCUUGGCUCCCGCGCGUCGGUCCCUCCGCGCCGGGGCAGCAGAGGCUGUACGCGCGGUUCCGAGGCCGGGCGGGCGAGCUCAAGCCCCCGGCUUCGCUAUGGGGCACAACAACAGCUGGGUGUCUCCCAACACCAGCCACCCGCGCAACACGUCGGGCGCCGAGGCUGGCGCCAACCGCAGCGCGCUCGGGGAGCUGAGCGAGGCGCAGCUGUACCGCCAGUUCACAACCACUGUGCAGGUCGUCAUCUUCAUCGGCUCGAAACUUCAUGGUGUUAUGGUCAACUUGCCGCACAACCGUGUUCAAAUCUGUCACCAACAGGUUCAUUAAAAACCUGGCCUGCUCUGGGAUUUGUGCCAGCCUAGUCUGCGUGCCCUUCGACAUCGUCCUCAGCACCAGCCCCCACUGCUGCUGGUGGAUCUACACUAUGUUCUUCUGCAAGGUUGUCAAGUUCCUACAUAAAGUUUUCUGCUCUGUGACUAUCCUCAGCUUCCCUGCCAUUGCCUUGGAUAGGUACUACUCAGUCCUCUAUCCUCUGGAGAGAAAAAUAUCUGACGCCAAGUCUCGGGAACUAGUGAUGUACAUCUGGGCUCAUGCAGUGGUGGCCAGUGUCCCUGUGUUUGCUGUGACCAAUGUAGCUGACAUCUAUGCUAUGUCCACCUGCACGGAAGUCUGGAGCAACUCCUUAGGCCACCUGGUGUAUGUUCUGAUCUACAAUGUCACCACAGUCAUUGUGCCGGUGGCUGUGGUAUUUCUUUUCCUAAUCCUGAUCCGGAGGGCUCUGAGUGCCAGCCAGAAGAAGAAAGUCAUCAUUGCCGCACUGAGGACCCCACAGAACACCAUCUCCAUCCCCUAUGCCUCCCAGCGCGAGGCUGAGCUACAUGCCACCCUGCUCUCCAUGGUGACAGUUUUCAUCCUCUGCAGUGUACCCUAUGCCACCCUGGUUGUCUACCAGACUGUGCUCAAUGUACCUAACACUUCCGUCUUCUUGCUUCUCACUGCCAUUUGGCUGCCGAAAGUCUCUCUGUUGGCCAACCCCGUGCUCUUCCUAACUGUGAACAAAUCAGUGCGCAAGUGCUUGGUUGGGACCCUGGUGCAGCUGCAUCACCGGUACAGUCGCCGCAAUGUGGUUAGUACUGGGAGUGGGGUGGCCGAGGCCAGCCUGGAGCCCAGCAUGCGCUCCGGUAGCCAGCUCUUGGAAAUGUUCCACAUUGGGCAGCAGCAGAUCUUUAAGCCCUCAGAGGAUGAGGAAGAGAGUGAGGCCAAGUAUCUCGGCUCAGCUGAUUUCCAAGCCAAGGAGGAACUUGCCUCAUGCCCAGAGGGAGAGCAGGAGCCACAGCUGGCACCCUCUGUCCCACCUCCUGGCACAGUGGACUCAAUAUCUCAGGAGGCCCCAGUAGCCCCUGUGGAACACGGGCUACUCCCUGAUAAAUAUUCUCUGCAGUUUGGCUUUGGGCCUUUCGAGUUGCCCCCUCAGUGGCUCUCUGAGACCCGAAAUAGCAAGAAGAGGCUGCUUCCCCCACUGGGCAAUACCCCAGAAGAGCUGAUCCAGACAAAGGUGCCCAAAAUAGGCAGGGUGGAGCGGAAGAUGAGCAGGAACAAUAAAGUGAGCAUUUUCCCAAAGGUAGACUCCUAGCAAGGAUUCUAAGUGCCUGGAAGCAACAGGGAGCUGUAUAUUCCUGCCCUCCCUUUACUCUGGCUGCAAACCACUAUGGGGUAAUUCCUCCUGUAUGGGGCAAAGGGGAAGUUUACAUAAAAUCCAAUGUCCUCUUUAUUGAGGGAGUAUAUAUCCAUCUAUCUUAGUGAUCUGCGUCCUUAGUCAAACCCAAUAUAAGCUGGACAGUAUGCAACAGGUCUGAGGGUCCUUCGAGCAUAUUUUCUGGGGGAUUCCUCCUUUCCCUGUGCAUUCCAGAGAAUCCAAAGGGAGCAGGCCCAAGAUAAUUGUGGUCUGCAAUGGCCACAAAGGUGAAGUUGAUACAGUGUUUGUAAUUGUUUGUUUGUUUGUUUGUUUGUUUGUUUGUUUUUUGAGACAGGGUUUCUCUGUGUUGCUUUGGAGCCUGUCCUGGAACUCGAUUUAUAGACCAGGCUGGCCUCUGCCUCCAGAGUGCUGGGAUUAAAAGCCUGUGCCACUAUGUCCAGUGAAGUGUCCAGUGGUUUUCUAACAACUUUCAUUCGAUUUUCUGGGUCCUAAAGCGGGGAUGACUGGUCCCACCUUACGACAGACAUGGCAAUGUCUGAGGCAGGCUCUUUGUCUUUGAUUAUCUUUACACCCUGUUGGUAUCACCAAGGCCUCCAACAAAUGCACUUGCUUCCACCAGUCACCAGCAGUGCUGCCUAGAAAACACUGCCAGCCCUUCGCUGUGGGUUUUGUUUUAAACUGUAUUUGACAGGAGGGAAGAUUUGUGGUGGAGAGCAGUCUGAGAAAUGCCCACGAUGCAUAGUCUCCUUUUCUUCCAUGUGGUCUGGAACAAAAGACUAGAGUCAGGAUAGUGCAAUAUACUGAGUGACUUAUAGGAGUGAAGUAACAUAGGUAGAUGUUUGGAAUUACAAGGUGCUGAAGAAAUGAAGCUGACAUGGACUGGGUUCUUUGGUGACAUUAAGGUUAAAAAUACUUGAUUAGAUCAAGUGAUGCUGCCCCAACCCUCUAGUCCCACUUUCAGUGUGUUGUGUGAUACUGGUUUCCACAGAAGACAAGCAGAGCAGGGAGAAAUAUUAAUUGCAAGUGCUAAAACAACACCCGCCCUGAUUGAUCCUCUGCUUCCCAGUGGUUUCAGUAUGAGCCAUGGAGGGUGGGAGAGAGCGGUCGUCUCAGCAGCUCCGUGACGUGGUCGUGUGUGCGAUCCACUGUGGGAUUCCUCUCCCAGGCCCAGUUCAAAUCCAACCCUUCCCUCUUAUAUCAAGUGGGUGGCUCUGCUCUCUUUAUGUUUUGCUCUUUUUCAUGGUACUUGGUGGAGUCAGUCAGGUGCCUUGAGUGGAUGGGUGUUCCUCACUGGCAGACUUCUGCAUCUCAAAGGCAGUGGUCCUAGCAGCUCCUGUUUUAGCUAUGCUGGUCCUUGUCCCCUAGGAGGAAGCUCAGUCGUGUGUAGGCAAUUUCCUUUUUGUCUGUUGUGUGAUGUCCUGUGAUUCCUGAGUGUAAACCCAAAUGCCUUCUCCUUGGAGAGGAGGGAACGCCUUGCUCUCUGUGUUUGUCACCCCACAGAGUUGUUUGCUCACAGCAGAAACAGGGGACUGGCUGGCACCCCUCUUGAGGCUCUGCUGCCCCCUGGGCCCUGUGUGCAUGCUAUUUGUAGCUCUUGACCCUGAUACUGUGUUAGUACUGUGACCCUUCAAGCUCAUAUUUCCAAGCCUUCUCAAUUGUGUCAGCUUUUACUAAGGGGAAAAAUAGUCUGUCAGAAAAUUCUAUGUACCCGAGAAGAACCUGUCUAAUGUACUUAUGUUGGUGUCAUCCUGACAGUAUGUAUGUACGACUUAAUACAUUUGUAGCAGCAGAGAUUGGUUAGCGUUUUCUCAUGUGUGUUUGAGAGGGAAGGCUGAUGUCUAUUAGGUUGGUCACCAAGUGUAUUUCUAUACUCUGUGAAGAAAAACAUUUUAAUAAAAUUAAAAAAGCUUUUUCUGAGCUCUAA